AGAGAGAGAGAGAGGGAUUUCUACUAAAGCAAAAGCAAAUAAAAAAAAUGAAAAAACCUUGUGUUGGGUGAUUGUUAAAGGGUCAAUUUUGUGUCUAUAAAUGUCUAUCUGGUAAAGCAGAAAACUGCCUUUUUUUUGCAACACAAAACUGUAGCUCUACUUAACCUAUAUUCAUCAAAAGAAGGAGAAGAGUUGGAAUUCAAGAGCUUAGCCUUUCUCAUAGUUCAAUUCCUUGCCAGCUUUGAACCAUGGAGUUCCCUAAUCUAGACCCAGAAAGCUCUUCCCAGAAAAAAAUGGGAAGAGGCAAAAUCGAGAUUAAGCGGAUCGAGAACACCACUAAUCGACAAGUUACCUUCUGCAAGCGCCGCAAUGGACUGCUCAAAAAGGCCUAUGAAUUAUCUGUUCUUUGUGAUGCUGAGGUGGCUCUCAUAGUCUUCUCCAGCCGUGGCCGUCUCUAUGAAUAUGCUAACAACAGUGUGAGAGCAACAAUUGAGAGAUACAAGAAAGCAUGCUCAGAUGCAACAACUCCAGGGUCUGUGGCUGAAGCCAACAUUCAGUUCUACCAGCAAGAAGCCACCAAACUCCGACGACAAAUUCGUGAUGUUCAGAACAUGAACAGGCAUAUCCUUGGAGAGGCUCUGAGCUCAUUGACCUUUAAGGAACUCAAGAACCUUGAAGGCAGGCUGGAGAAAGGCAUUUGUAGAAUCAGAUCCAAAAAGAACGAAUUACUGUUUGCAGAAAUUGGAUUCAUGCAAAAGAGGGAAGUUGAACUGCAGAACGAUAACAUGUACCUGCGAGCAAAAAUAGCUGAAAAUGAAAGAGCGCAACAACAAUCAAACCAGCUGAUGCAAGCAGCCUCCUCCUACAAUCGCAACUUUCUGCCAGUAAACCUGCUGGAACCCAGUAAUAAUGAUUACUCCAACCAAGACCAAACUCCUCUUCAACUUGUAUAAGCUUCUCUCUUCCACCUCCAUCUAUUCAAGCUGACAUGCAAGCAGCAGCCUCUAAUGUUCUACCAACUUUAUCUCUGGUUAAGCAUAUAUAUAUAUAUCUUAUAAGCCUUGCAAGUAUAGACAUAUAUAUAUUUAUAUAUGGUUUAUAAACAGUUGAAAGCCUAGUUGUUGAUUAUGAUGAAUGUAAGGAACUUAGGUUUCGGCACUGGACUCCUUUUUAACUGUUUUAUUGCAGGAAAGGUUUAUUUUUGUAUUA